UUUCAUCUUGCGUUUAUAGACGCUGAUUUUUAACACUGGUCAAUAUGUCCGGUUUCCACUCGAAGGAUUUAAUAAGAGAAGUUAAAUGUCGUCCUGGCAUAUACAAUAGAGAUCUUUUGGAACACCCGAAAAGAGAACAUAAACAUCAGUUGUGGUUAGAAGUCGGUGAGAAGUUGACCCCACAAGAGGAUUGGGACUCUUACACGGAUGUUGAAAAGGAUGCAAGAGUGGAUGAAAUUCAAGCCAAAUGGAAACAUAUACGUGACCAUUUUUACCGUGAACUUAAACUGGCAAGCUCUUCGGAUGCGAGCAAAAAGCGGAAAUAUGUGUAUUUCGAGGAAAUGGAAUUUAUGAGGCCAUACGUUGGUUUCAAACUUACCGGUGCUAAUAAAGCGAAAACAGAAUCCAUGGAUGAAGAUAAUAUUAGUCAAUAUUACAUGGAGGAAAACGACACAGACGAAGUAAUGGAAGAAUUGCUCAAAUCAACCGAUACCAAUGAAGAAGAACGAUCCGACUCUCCCGAUCUCCGAAGAAAUCCCAAACGUAACGUCAAACCUACACAAAAAGUCUUAUCCCAGAAAACUUCAACAGCCGCCGCACCACCGAAAUUUCGCAAAACUCCAAAAGACGUGAUAAAAAACUUCGAUGUCUUGAAAAAAACCUCUAACGUUCAUCCCGCUUCCAGUACAACAGCGGGUUCUAGUGGGGCGCCAGUGCCAUCAUUCAAGAUACGUGACGGUGAUAUAUCCUUCUGUCUUUCAUUGGUGCCUACUUUUAGGAAAUUAGGUGAUAGCGCAAAAUUAAGAGCCAAGAUUGAAAUGCUCAAAAUCCUCCAUAAAUAUGUUGAAAGCGCAGAGAGAACAAAGGGGCCACAUGCGAAUAUCAGGAAUAGUAAUAUCGAUGUUAAUCAAACGGGGGAAGAGCAUGAUAUGCAAGAAGACCAUUUAGAGGAAUUGGACGAAACGAUUAAUGUAAAACACGAAGAAAAUGAUGACCCGCUACAUGGUUCUAGCGGUAAUACAAAAGCAUGGUGGACCUAAUAUAAAUUACCCCAGGAAAAAGAAUAUGACCAUUAAGAAAUCACCUUGUAGUUUAAGCUUUGAACUAGGAUAAAACUCCUAGAAAAUCAUUUAAAUUAGAUACCAAAUUUUAAGGAAAAAAGUAAAUUUGUAUAUCUAUAAGAAUUAUGUUACAAAAUAAAAAAUAAAUCAAAACAA